GAUAUUCGACUAUCCCGAGUUGACUACAAACUACAAUGGCCGACGAGCUAGCCCGAAUCCAGCAGUAUGAGUACCGGCAGAACUCCAACUUGGUUCUGUCGGUCGACUACAAUCUGACGGAUCGGCGUGGCAGAGAGGAGCCGACUGGCGAGGUGCUGCCGAUCACGGAUAAGGAGAUGCGCAAAAUGAAGAUGGGUGACCGGGCGAUCAAGGGAAAAGCGCCGGUGCAGGAUCAGAAGAAGAAGAGAAAGAAGAAGGACGACGAGAAAGCACAACAGUUCGGCCGGAAUGUCCUUGUCGACAAUAAUGAGCUCAUGGGAGCCUACAAGCCCAGAACCCAGGAGACGAAGCAGACUUAUGAAGUGAUUUUGUCUUUCAUUUUGGACGCACUUGGCGAUGUUCCACGCGAGGUUCUGUGCGGAGCCGCUGACGAGGUGCUUCUCACGCUGAAAAACGACAAAUUCCGAGAUAAAGAGAAGAAGAAAGAAGUGGAAGCUCUUCUGGGACCGCUCACCGACGAUCGUAUCGCAGUUCUCAUCAACUUAUCGAAGAAGAUCAGCGAUUUUUCGAUCGAAGAGGAGAAUAAGCCUGAAGGCGAUGGAGACAUCUACGAGAAUGAGGGUGUAAAUGUGCAGUUCGACUCGGAUGAGGAAGAAGAUGACGGUGGGAUGGUUAAUGAGAUCAAAGGUGAUAGUGAGGAGGAGAGUGAAGAGGAAGAAGGUGUGGAUACAGAUUACACGGCAACACUCAAAGGAGAUGGUCAUUUGACGGAAGAUGAGCAAAAAGCACGAGGAAUUCUUCAUCCACGUGACAUCGACGCUCAUUGGAUCCAAAGAUCGCUCGCCAAGUACUUCAAAGAUCCUCUGAUCGCCCAACAGAAGCAAACGGAAGUCAUCGGAAUUCUCAAGAACGCCGCCGACGAUCGUGACGCCGAGAAUCAGCUUGUCCUGCUGUUAGGCUUCGAUCAGUUCGAGUUCAUCAAGUGCCUUCGCCAGAAUCGUCUUAUGAUCCUCUACUGUACACUUUUGCGUCAGGCGAACGAGAAGGAGCGUCUCCAAAUCGAAGAUGAUAUGCGAUCUCGUCCAGAGCUUCAUCCGAUUCUUGCACUUCUUCAGGAGACUGAUGAGGGAUCUGUUGUGCAGGUGGAAAAGUCGAAACGAGACGCGGAGAAGUCGAAGAAGGCCGCCACAGCAGCAAAUGAAGCCAUCAGUGCGGGACAGUGGCAGGCGGGCCGCAAGAUGUUGGAUCUAAACGAUCUCACGUUCAGUCAAGGAUCUCAUUUGAUGAGCAAUAAAAGAUGCGAGCUCCCCGACGGAUCCUACCGCCGCCAGAAAAAGUCCUACGAAGAAAUCCACGUACCAGCCCUCAAACCACGACCAUUUGCUGAAGGAGAGAAGCUCGUCAGUGUCUCAGAGCUCCCGAAAUGGGCCCAACCGGCUUUCGACGGCUACAAGUCGCUGAACAGGAUCCAAUCCCGACUCUGUGAUUCAGCUCUUCGAUCCAAAGAGCAUCUCUUGCUCUGUGCUCCAACUGGAGCUGGAAAGACGAACGUGGCGCUGCUCACGAUGCUCCAAGAAAUCGGAAACCACUUGGCAGAGGAUGGAAGUGUGAAGCUCGAUGAGUUCAAGAUUGUCUACAUUGCUCCGAUGAAGUCACUGGUUCAAGAGAUGGUUGGAAGCUUCUCAAAACGUCUUGCUCCAUUCGGAAUCACUGUCGGCGAAAUGACCGGAGAUGCUCAAAUGAGCAAAGAGCAGUUCAUGGCGACACAAGUGAUCGUUUGUACGCCGGAAAAGUAUGAUGUGGUGACGCGAAAAGGCGGAGAGAGAGCCUAUAACCAGAUGGUUCGGCUGUUGAUCAUUGAUGAGAUCCAUCUGCUUCACGAUGAUCGUGGACCGGUGUUGGAGUCGAUCGUCGUCAGAACGAUUCGUCAAAUGGAGCAGAAUCACGAUGAGUGCCGACUGGUCGGACUUUCAGCAACUCUUCCGAAUUAUCAAGAUGUGGCGACGUUCUUGCGAGUGAAGCCUGAGCAUUUGCACUUCUUUGAUAACAGCUAUCGUCCAGUUCCCCUCGAGCAACAAUAUAUUGGAGUUACUGAGAAGAAGGCUUUGAAGAGGUUCCAGGCGAUGAACGAAGUGGUGUACGACAAGAUUAUGGAGCACGCCGGAAAGAGCCAAGUCCUCGUUUUUGUGCAUUCCCGAAAGGAAACUGCGAAAACCGCGAAAGCGAUUCGUGACGCGUGCCUCGAGAAGGACACGCUGUCGGCGUUCAUGCGUGAGGGCUCAGCGAGCACAGAAAUCCUGAGAACCGAGGCCGAGCAGGCGAAGAAUUUGGAUUUGAAGGACCUCUUGCCGUAUGGAUUCGCUAUUCAUCACGCUGGAAUGAACAGAGUUGAUCGUACACUCGUCGAGGAUUUGUUCGCUGAUCGGCAUAUUCAGGUGCUCUUUUCGACUGCAACUCUCGCUUGGGGAGUCAAUCUGCCGGCUCAUACUGUAAUCAUCAAGGGAACUCAGAUCUAUAACCCGGAAAAAGGACGUUGGACAGAGCUCGGAGCACUCGACAUCAUGCAAAUGCUCGGAAGAGCCGGACGUCCACAGUACGAUGAUCGCGGAGAGGGAAUUCUCAUCACAAAUCACUCGGAGCUCCAGUAUUAUCUCUCGCUGAUGAAUCAACAGCUUCCUGUCGAGUCGCAGAUGGUCUCACGGCUCACUGAUAUGCUCAACGCUGAGGUUGUGCUCGGCACUGUCAGUAGUGUGUCGGAGGCGACGAAUUGGUUGGGUUACACUUUCCUUUUUGUGAGAAUGUUGAAGAAUCCGACGCUUUAUGGAAUUACACAUGAGCAAGCGCGCGCCGAUCCUCUUCUAGAACAACGUCGUGCCGAUCUCAUCCACACAGCUUGCGUGCUUCUGGACAAGGCCGGACUCAUCAAAUAUGACAAGCGAAGCGGAAUCAUUCAGGCCACCGAGCUCGGGCGCAUCGCUUCUCACUUCUACUGCACAUACGAGUCGAUGCAAACCUACAACAAGCUGCUGGUCGAGACGUGCUCGGAUAUCGAUCUCUUCAGAAUUUUCUCGAUGAGCUCCGAAUUCAAGUUGCUGUCGGUUCGCGAUGAGGAGAAGCUGGAACUUCAGAAGAUGGCAGAGCACGCGCCGAUUCCGAUCAAGGAGAACCUGGAUGAAGCGUCGGCGAAGACGAAUGUCCUUCUUCAAGCCUAUAUCUCACAGUUGAAGCUCGAAGGAUUCGCGCUUCAGGCGGAUAUGGUCUUCGUGGCUCAGAGUGCCGGACGACUCUUCAGAGCUCUUUUCGAGAUUGUGCUAUGGAGAGGUUGGGCUGGGCUCGCUCAGAAGGUGCUCACUCUUUGCAAGAUGGUUACACAACGGCAAUGGGGAUCGUUGAACCCGCUGCAUCAGUUCAAGAAGAUCCCGAGCGAGGUGGUUCGAUCGAUUGACAAGAAGAACUACUCGUUCGAUAGACUGUAUGACUUGGAUCAACACCAGCUGGGAGAUUUGAUUAAGAUGCCGAAGAUGGGAAAGCCGCUCUUCAAGUUCAUUCGCCAGUUUCCGAAGCUUGAGAUGACUACUCUCAUCCAGCCGAUCACAAGAACCACCAUGAGAAUCGAGCUGACAAUUACGCCAGACUUCAAGUGGGAUGAGAAGGUGCACGGAAGCGCCGAAGGUUUCUGGAUCUUCAUUGAGGAUACCGAUGGCGAGAAGAUCCUUCAUCACGAGUUCUUCCUGCUCAAGCAAAAGUUCUGCUCGGAUGAGCAUGUUGUGAAGAUGAUUGUGCCGAUGUUCGAUCCGAUGCCACCACUCUACUACGUUCGGAUCGUGUCGGAUCGAUGGAUCGGCGCGGAGACGGUGUUGCCAAUCUCGUUCCGUCAUUUGAUUCUGCCUGAGAAGUACCCUCCACCGACAGAGUUGCUCGAUCUGCAGCCGUUGCCAAUUUCUGCAGUUACGAAUAAGGAAUUUCAGACAGUUUUUGCUGAAAGUGGAUUCAAGGUGUUCAAUCCGAUUCAGACACAGGUAUUCCGCACGGUCUUCGAAUCCAACGAAAAUGUGAUCGUGUGUGCUCCAAAUGGCUCCGGAAAAACCGCAAUCGCCGAGCUCGCCGUUCUCCGUCACUUUGAGAAUACACCAGAAGCCAAGGCAGUCUACAUUACACCAAUGGAGGAUAUGGCGACAAAAGUCUACGCAGACUGGAAGCGACGUCUCGAACCGGCCAUCGGACACACGAUUGUGCUGCUCACCGGCGAGCAAACGAUGGAUUUGAAGUUGGCUCAACGCGGACAGCUCAUCAUUUCGACGCCAGAACGAUGGGAUAACAUCUCGCGGCGUUGGAAGCAGAGAAAAAGUGUGCAGAAUGUGAAGUUGUUCAUUGCGGAUGACUUGCACAUGAUUGGUGCCAGCAAUGGGGCGGUGUUCGAAGUGGUGUGCUCUCGAACUCGCUACAUUUCAUCUCAACUCGAAUCUGCCGUCCGUGUCGUUGCUCUUUCCUCAUCGCUCACCAAUGCUCGUGAUCUCGGAAUGUGGCUCGGAUGUUCCGCGUCGGCAACCUUUAACUUCAUGCCGUCGACUCGUCCAGUGCCGCUCGAUUUGGAGAUCAAAUCGUUCAAUUUGUCGCACAACGCGUCGAGAUUCGCUGCAAUGGAGCGUCCUGUGUAUCAGGCGAUUUGCAGACACGCCGGAAAGUUGGAACCGAAACCAGCGUUGGUUUUUGUUCCAGUGCGUCGUCAAACCCGCCCAGUCGCAGUAGCUCUUCUCACAAUGGCGUUGGCCGACGGAGCGCCGAAACGAUUCCUCCGGCUCGCCGAGCACGACGACACAUUCCAGGCGCUGCUGGCGGAUAUUGAAGACGAAUCGCUCCGUGAAUCAGUUUCCUGUGGAGUCGGUUUCCUGCACGAGGGCACCGCGCCGAAAGAUGUACACAUUGUACAGCAGCUCUUCGAGAGUAACGCCAUUCAGGUGUGCGUUGUGCCACGUGGAAUGUGCUAUCAAAUCGAGAUGAGCGCAUAUCUGGUGGUGGUGAUGGAUACGCAGUUCUACAAUGGAAAAUAUCAUGUUUAUGAGGAUUAUCCGAUUGCUGAUAUGCUUCAUAUGGUUGGACUUGCGAAUCGGCCGAUUUUGGAUUCAGACGCCAAAUGCGUGGUAAUGUGCCAGACGUCGAAACGGGCGUACUACAAGAAGUUCCUGUGCGAUCCGCUGCCCGUCGAAUCUCAUUUGGAUCAUUGCCUACACGAUCACUUCAACGCUGAAAUCGUCACGAAGACUAUCGAGAAUAAGCAAGACGCCAUUGAUUACCUAACAUGGACACUUCUCUACCGCCGAAUGACACAAAAUCCGAACUACUACAAUCUUCAAGGAACCACACAUCGUCAUCUCUCGGAUGCUCUUUCGGAGCUCGUCGAGCUUACGCUUAAAGACUUGGAGAAUAGUAAAUGUAUUGCGGUGAAGGAUGAGAUGGACACGGUCUCGUUGAAUUUGGGAAUGAUUGCCUCGUACUAUUAUAUCAGUUAUCAGACGAUUGAGCUCUUCUCAAUGUCACUGAAGGAGAAAACCAAGACACGCGCUCUCAUCGAGAUCAUCUCAGCAUCCAGUGAAUUCGGAAAUGUUCCGAUGCGUCACAAGGAGGAUGUGAUUCUUCGACAGCUCGCCGAACGCCUUCCAGGACAGCUUAAGAAUCAAAAGUUCACGGAUCCCCACGUCAAAGUCAACUUGCUCAUUCAUGCUCAUUUGUCACGUGUCAAACUGACCGCCGAGCUCAACAAGGACACGGAGCUCAUUGUGCUCCGCGCGUGCCGACUCGUUCAGGCUUGCGUCGACGUGCUCUCUUCGAAUGGAUGGUUGUCGCCGGCGAUUCACGCGAUGGAGCUCUCACAGAUGCUCACACAGGCGAUGUACUCGAAUGAGCCGUACUUGAAGCAGUUACCGCAUUGUUCGGCGGCUCUUCUCGAACGAGCAAAAGCUAAAGAGGUCACAUCUGUCUUUGAGCUUCUCGAGCUGGAAAACGACGAUCGAUCGGAUAUUCUGCAAAUGGAGGGAGCCGAGCUGGCCGAUGUGGCACGAUUCUGCAAUCAUUAUCCAUCGAUUGAGGUGGCCACAGAGCUUGAGAACGACGUGGUGACGAGCAACGAUAAUCUGAUGUUGGCUGUUUCACUGGAACGAGACAAUGAUAUUGAUGGACUCGCACCGCCCGUCGUCGCACCAUUGUUCCCGCAGAAACGAAAGGAAGAGGGAUGGUGGUUGGUUAUUGGAGAUUCCGAAUCCAAUGCAUUGUUGACUAUUAAAAGACUUGUGAUCAACGAAAAGUCGUCGGUUCAGUUGGACUUUGCCGCUCCACGACCCGGGCACCACAAAUUCAAGCUCUUCUUCAUCUCGGACUCGUACCUCGGCGCGGAUCAGGAAUUCGACGUCGCCUUCAAGGUUGAGGAGCCGGGACGCAGCAAUCGCAAGCGAAAGCACGAGAAGGAAGAGGAUUAAGCCGCCGCCGUCACCCACUCCCUGGUCAUUUUUAUUUUAUUUGUAUUAUUAUUAUUAUUCUUUUCAACUCUCAAAAUCACACCCAUUUUCUUAUCAAUUUUUGGUUUUCCCUUAAAAAAUUUUUAAAAUCUAAAUAUUUCUCAUUCAAAAACACUAUGAUCUUCCCCUCCCUAAAACUCCCAUUUGUUUGUUUUUGUUAAAUUAUUCAAUUUUUUCCAUUUACCUUUUUUCCUUUUGUUGAAAAUUUAACAUUAUCUGGUUGUUGUAAAGCGAGAUUUACCCCUCCUCCUCGUUGUUUUAUAAAACAAACGCGUUUAAAAAAUUAAGAAAUAAAUAAUUUAUCA